AUGGAUGUUCCACGGAAUCUCAUAGAAAAAAAUUUACGCGCAAGACUUACUGCACCGACUACAACUGCAGCGAUGCGUUUCUUUACACGAUUAAUGGUUUGGUUUAGCAUAUUUGUUCAAAACAUCCUUGCUGCUCUGGAAUUCCUCGAACAAUGGUACGCAAUAAUGAAUGUACCCGUGAUCAAAAUCAGUCAACUACAAGAGAAAUUGGAUCACGAUACAACAACGGGCAAUAUUCAAUGGACUCAACAUUCGAUCGAUGUGCUUGUUGAAGCCAUUAAACGAGCUAUUGAGCAACGUGGUCCACUGUGCUCAACAAUAGAUAAAUCGCUUAUACCAUGGCAAAUCGCACGAAAAUCGCACUUGUAUCUUGAAUGA